AUGAAGCGCUUCUCCUCAGGGCUGCCUGCGACCGUCCUCAGCUAUGGUAGCGCCACGGGAGUGCAGGCCCACCGAAGAUAUGCUGCAGCCGUCGCAGACGCAGGUGAGCGGGUGAACGCUGAGCAGCAGCAUGAUGAAAAGCCCGAGGCGCAUCAACAGCAGCAGCAGCGUACGGCUGCCAAGGAAAACGCUCUUGGCUCCAUUGCUGACGAGGAGCCGCGGCGGCGGCGCAACAUUGUGGUUCUCAGCAACACCACCAAGGCCGUUUACGUGCAUCCGACGAACCAUAUCGCCUCCUGGUAUUGGUUCAUCACGGACUUUCACAAGUGGUUCGUCGGCAUCGUUUUUCUUUUCGUCGGCACGCAGGUUAUUGCGCGCUAUCGCGUGUCGAAGCUGAAGACCGCGACGCAGGCGCAACUCGGGGAGAACUUGCUAGACCAGCGCACGCGUGACUUGUUGAGCGACAUUGAGGUGUUGCGAAAAAAGGACCCGAUCCGACUCGAGCAUGAGGCGAACAUAUACCACGAGCAAUUCUGGAAGCGGCGCGCGCUGGCGGUGGCCUCGUCGCGAAACGAGGUGCGUUCCCUGGAGAUCCAGCGCGGCAAGAUGCAAGGAGAAGCCCGAGGCACCGACAUGACGGAGUGGUUAGGGGCAAAGGCCAAGGAUGACGAGGAGCGCGAGGUAGCACGCCGCACGCAGGACUACAUCCAAGGAUUUCAUCAGCAUCUGAAGUCGAAGCGCCUUAUCUAA